AUGGCAUAUAUUCUUAUGGCAGCUUUUAUGGUAAUCCUAUUUACUGCCAUUUUACUUCGAAGGGGGAAUUCAAAGUCUGUAUCGACAGUUCCGAUUUCGGUAAAUUAUCACUUGACCCGAAAAUGUAACUAUGAGUGCGGUUUCUGCUUUCAUACCGCAAAGACAUCAUAUAUCCUCCCAUUAGAAGAGGCUAAGAGGGGUCUUUCACUUCUCAAACAGGCUGGAAUGAAGAAACUGAACUUUGCUGGCGGAGAGCCUAUGAUAUAUCCAAGAUUUGUAGGAGAGUUGGCGAGGUACUGCAAGACGGAAUUGGGGCUUGAAUCGAUUUCGAUUGUGACAAAUGGAAGCCUGGUAAAGCCGCAAUUUCUCGAAACCUUUGGACGAUUUAUUGAUAUUAUCGCGGUUUCUUGCGACUCCUUCGAUGAAGCCACGAAUGUGAAGAUUGGCCGUGGUAGAGGAUAUCAUCUGCAGAAGUUUAGAAAACUCCGCAUCAGCUGCCAAGAACAUGACAUCAAAUUUAAAGUCAAUACCGUGGUCAACAAAUACAACUUUAAAGAGGACAUGCGCGCUGCCAUCGAAGAAAUAGCACCUUUUCGCUGGAAAUGCUUCCAGGUCCUGGUGGUCAAGGGGGAAAAUGACUCAGAUACUACCCUUCGUUCCGCGACCCAGUUUGUCAUCUCAGACGAUCAGUUUCAGCAGUUCUGUAACAAGCACUCAACCAUUCAAGGCUUUGUGGCAGAACCAAACAAUGUGAUGAAAGACUCCUACCUCAUUUUGGAUGAGUAUAUGAGAUUCCUUGAUAAGGGGAACGAUCCAUCGGCAUCGAUACUUGAGGUUGGAGUUGAGAAGGCUCUUCAGAGAGUCUUCUGGGACGAGGAAAACUUUGUACGUCGGGGAGGUAUCUAUGAUUGGACCAAGGCUACACAUGAGGAUAGUAAUAAGCUACUGGAUUGGUGA